GCAACCUGUGAGUGACCUCUACUCCGCCCUCCCGGCGGGGUGCUCGGGUCCUCUGUCCGGGGCGUCGCGCGGGGCGGCCACUGCGCACACGUGUCUCGCCUCUCCGAGCAGCGCCCGCGGGGCCGCGGGGGGCAGAGCCUGCUCUGCAGGCGCCUGCCGUCUCCUCGGCACGUCGAACCCAGCUCGGGGUGCUGCACCCGUGUCCACGCGCGAGGCCGUCUGCGGAGCCCCGCCACCCGGCACUCCUGCCCACGCUCCCUGCGCGCCCGAACUCGGGGGCCUCCACACAACUGCGGACUGAGUCGGAGGAGCGAGCAGUCUCACACCCACUCCAGCGCCCGCUGCCGAUAAACUUCUCCAAGUCUUGUUGGUACAAGAAAGACAUUUGGAACCAGCAGGAAAACUCCAAGCUGAUGGACAUCGUGUAGCCAUAGCCAGGGAUGGUCGGCUACGACCCCAAGGCCGAAGACAGGACAGUGUCCAGCGUGCAGGUGGCAGUGGCCGGCUCCAUGGCCGGGCUUAUCACUCGGGCGCUCAUCAGCCCCAUGGACGUCAUCAAGAUCCGCUUCCAGCUGCAGGUGGAACGUCUGUCCCCCAGGGACCCCAGAGCCAAGUACCACGGCAUCCUGCAGGCCGCGAGGCAGAUUCUGCGGGAGGAGGGCCCCAGGGCCUUCUGGAAGGGACACGUCCCGGCCCAGCUGCUCUCUGUGGGCUACGGGGCGGUGCAGUUCAUGUCCUUCGAGAUACUGACUGAGCUGGUGCAGAAGAGAGGCAAGGAGCUCAGCCCCAACAGAUUCUCAGUGCACUUCCUGUGUGGCGGGCUGUCGGCCUGCAUGGCCACCCUCACCGUGCAGCCCGUGGACGUCCUGCGCACCCGCCUAGCAGCCCAGGGGGAACCCAAGGUCUAUAAAACACUGCUCGACGCGGUGGUGACAAUGUACAGGACGGAAGGCCCCCUGGUCUUCUACCGUGGCCUGCAGCCCACCCUGAUGGCCAUCUUCCCGUACGCCGGCUUCCAGUUCUCCUUCUACAGCUCCCUGAAGCAGGCAUAUGAAUGGCUUCUGCCCAGCGACAGCUCCAAUGGGAACUUAAAGAACUUGAUAUGUGGCAGCGGAGCUGGAGUCAUCAGCAAGACCCUUACGUACCCUCUCGACCUCUUCAAGAAGCGCCUGCAAGUCCGCGGGUUUGAGCACGCGCGCACCAACUUCGGCCAGGUCCGAAGGUACACGGGCCUCCGGGACUGUGCCCAACAGGUGCUGCGUGAGGAGGGCCCUCGGGGCUUUUUCAAAGGCCUGUCCCCCAGCCUGCUGAAGGCCGCCAUGUCCACUGGCUUCGUGUUCUUCUGGUAUGAAUUCAUCUGCAGCCUCUUCCACUGCGUGAACAAGAGCAGCAGAUAGCCGAGGGCCCCCGCACAAAGGUGUCCGUCCCCAGCUGCUCUGCCCUGUGCCACCUGGGCAUCCCUCAUUGCCAGGCGUCUGCAGGAAGAGAAGCCCCAGGGUGGGCUGCACAAAACACCUGCCAGAAGGCCUGAGUUCCGGACCUGGGAGAACCAGAGGGAGCUGGACCCCCAAGGAUGCCGUCUUCUCUGUAGGAGUGUGGCGGUGUGCUGUCGGGAAAGGUCCCUCCUUUGAGAGGUUCCUUUCUAUUUUUGGUUUUGGGGCUAUGCCCCGCACUCCCUUGACAGACAUUAAAGCUGCUAGCACAUUC